AUGGUUGCCAGCUUCCGGCGAUCACUCUCCUUCCCUAACCCUCCGUCCCCCUCCGCCCGGCCGCGCAAGGCCCUCCACGUCAGAUCCGCCAGCCUCCCCUGCAGCUCCCACCCCAUCAUCUCCCACCUCUGCGACGACAUCGCCGCCCUCCGCUCCUGCUCCGCCGCCCCCCUCACCUCCGCCUCCCUCUGCGGCUCCCUCCGCCGCCUGGGCUCCCUCCACGACUCCCUCGACGACCUCCUCCACCUCCCCCAGACGCGCGACUCCCUCCGCGCCCCGCAGAUCGAGAGGCUCCUCGACCACUUCCUCCGCCUCGUCGACCUGUACGGGACCUUCCAGGCCCUCGCCCUGCGCCUCAAGGACGAUCUCUCAGCGGCGCAGAUCUCCGUCUGCAGGAAGGACGGCCGCGAGUUCGCGUCACGCCUGAAGAAUCUAAGCCGGAUCGCAAAGGAAAUCGGCAGCCUCUCCCCAAACUACCACGCUCCCAUCGGUAAAUUGUCGCCGUACGACGACGAGGCAGACCUGGUUGAGGUUAUUGAGAGCGUGCUUGGGGUGACGUGUGUGGUAUCGGCUGCGUUGUUCAGCGGGCUUUCGGGCUCGUCGGCGUUCAAGAGGCCUUCGGGACUGGUUUUUGGGGCGAAAGCGAAGAAUGGGAGAGUUGAAGGGGGUAUUCGGGAGUUCGAGGAGAUGAGUUUGGAGAAAUCGAGGAAAUUGAGGGGGGAAGAGGAGGUGAAGAUGGCUUCCAAGACGAUGCAAGAGAUGGAGGAUCGGAUUAUGGAGAUUGAAGGUUGUGGGGAGAAGGUGUUUAGGAGCUUGAUUAAUACCAGGGUUUCUUUGCUCAAUGUUGUCACACAAUAA